UCUAAUCAAUUUUAAAAUUUCAAAUUUGUAUUCUAGUCUUCUACUACAUAAUUUUAAACUUUUACUCCGUAUCUAAGUUGUGCUUCUUCUUGGUCGCUCUCCCGUGGUCUGCACCUCCGAAGAUUGAGUCUCUCUUUUCCGGGAUAAUACGAUCUGUGGAGUUUAUUCUCAUUGAGAAUACAUGCAGCUGAAUAAUUGGAAGUGGGGAGUAGAUUUGAAGUGAAAAACUGUAGAUCUUUUGCCAAAAGCCAAUUGCAUUGUUCUUUCAUCACUACCAGUCAGGAAGGAAGCUCCAUGGCAAUCGUCAAACCAGAGAUGAAGUCAUAUAUCUGGCUCCAAACUGCCGAUGGCUCGAUUCAACAAGUAGAAGAAGAGGUUGCAAUGUUUUGCCCUAUGAUUUGUAGAGAAGUGGUUCAAUCUGGCAUGGGUUCCUCCAAAAAUUAUGCAAUAACACUUCCUCAACGAGUAAAUCCUGCUAUAUUGGGCUUAAUACUUGAUUACUGUCGAUUCCAUCAAUUACCUGGUCGUUCAAAUAAGGAGCGCAAGACUUAUGAUGAGAAGUUCAUUCGGUUGGAUACAAAUAAGCUAUGUGAGUUAGCAUCUGCUGCUGACAGUCUCCAGUUGAGGCCUUUGGUGGAUCUUACCUGCCGUGCGCUUGCUCGGAUGAUCGAAGGCAAAAGUCCCGAGGAAAUACGUGAAACCUUUCAUUUACCUGAUGACCUUACAGAGGAAGAGAAACUGGAGCCCUUGAGAAACAUGACGGAUGAUCCACGGAUCCGACUACUAAAUCGACUCUAUGCACGAAAAAGGAAAGAAUUAAAAGAAAGAAAAAAAUUAAAGAAUGUUGAGACAGAAGAAGGGCAGUGUUUGGAUGAGCGCUCCGUCGAUGAUCUAUUGUCAUUCAUAAAUGGUGGAGAUGAAGAAACAAAAGGAGUACGAUCUAAUAAGAACAAGAAGAAAAACCGUCGAAGGAAAGACCAAGCUAAAAAUUCUUCAAAUAGUGAGCAUGGGAGCAAUAGUAAGGAGCAUAGUUGUCUUCCCUCCAAUCAACCGAGUCAACCAACUUUAGACGUUCAUGAUUUGCCUUCUCCAAGUAGAAUUUCUAAGCAGCAAGGUUCUGCAUCUGUUAAGCUUUCACCUAAGCUUGAAUUCGAUGAUGACGAUGACGAUGACGAUGAUGUCGAUAUGGAUGAUGAGUUAGACCCGGCAAUGAGGGAAGAACUUGACAGGGAGGUAGAGGAUUUUGCACGGAGGCUAAACUCUGUGUGGCCAGAUAGGAUGCAGGAGCUUCUAUCUUUAGGUCAAGAGAGGAGGCUAGUUGUACCCAUAUCCAUGAACCUUAAUGGCUCUCUAAGGAGAUGUACAGAUUAAUCGCCACUAUCAUUUCCCGUCCCACAACACCACAACAGUGAUUUGUUUGUUUUCUGAGUACGCCAAUCAAUUGCGCCGAGAGCUUUGUGCGUUGGGAAAAUCUGAAUCCUUUUCUGAACGUGGUUGGCUCUGGUGGGAGAAUGACGGACGAUAUAAGGUGGCAGGUAUUGGGUUUAUACGACAUAGCAUGAAAGGGCAGGAGGGUAAUUCGUGGUGUAUUGUCUUCACAGUUACCCUCGUCCUCGUAUAGAAUUGUCAUCUUUCUAUAAGCUGAACUUUUUUUUAUUAAAAAAAAGCGAGUUCUCAAAUCCCCCCAGAGUCAGAAAUUUUCCCCCUUUAGUGUAUGAGAAAAAUCAAAUGUAAGGAAUUUUUCAUCUUGUGGUUUAUGGCAAAGCCUUUUUAGUUCCUUUUUUUAUGCAUUCUCAUUUUAGUUUUUCUUGUGACCACUUUGCGUUGGUAUUCUU